AUGGCUGCUCUUCCAGCAUACGGAAACUAUCACCACGUUCAGCUGGCGGAUGUGUUUGACUCUGCCCUUGAUCAGAGGCUGGGUCGUCACCUCACACCCACGCCAGCCCAUCUUACUCGCAUCGUCUACGUCCCAACCCACAAAGACAUCACUACUCAUUUGCCUCUCUACGAUUAUGUUGAAAACUACGACAAGGCUGUCAAGAAGGAGCCUAUCGGCAGCAGCAAGUAUAAGCUGGGCCUUGCCAUGAUGAAGCGACCGUCCGGAGAUGGGACGGAUGCUCAAGUUCGAUAUCUGGUCAACUUUCAAGCUGGCCUUGAGGGAACUGUAGCAACAGUUGAGAGGAGAGCACCGACUCACAACGGUGAGAUGGUUAGCAUCCACCUACCUCGCGAGAGUAAUGGCAACUUUAGUGUCGCUCCGCACAGCGUGGAGCAGGACAUGCAACUGGCGGUGACGAGCUCGUUCCCCGUGCCUGACAGCAAGAUGCACGCAACCGCAAACCCCGUCCGACACCCGUGGUUCACCAUUUCACACACCUCGCGAGACGGAAGCAUCACCGUUCCAUCAAAUCUGGAAUGGAAAGUGCGCCCUACGGAACACGGGCCCCUGCGAUAUACUCUGGUCGAUACUGACGCGGAGCUGGGAAGCGAGGAGCCGGCGAUUCAUGCCAUCUACCACCACGUCGGCAUCGGCUUCGCCCUGCCCAGUGAUUACAGUGAGGGGAUCUUGUUACUCUCGGAGGACCUUAAUGAAGAAGCUGAAGCUUUGGCCGUUGCUACUCUACUCGGUCUCCUCCGACAGACGCGGUCGAUCAACCAGCCUCCUCCGCGGCCGAGGAAAAAGUCAUUGGUGAAGCGAAUGCUGGGCAAGAUUUGA